AUGGUACAAAAUUCUAGAAAUCAUGAGAAUGUUAAUGUUGCCACGACAAGAAGUCAGAAAGUUGCUAAAGAUGAAGAAGAGAAGGAAACAAAGGAUGAUCAUGUCAAAGAGGUAGUUCUGGAAGUGAGGGAAAAUGAGAAAGAAGAAGAAGAAGAAGUUAUACCACCGGUAAAGCCAGUUGAAGAGAAAAAUAAAAAAGAGGCUAAACUAGUGAUUAAGUUACGUUACCCUCAGAGAGUGACAAAGAAGGAUCCAAAAGAGAAAGACUUUGAGAAAUUCAUCACAAUGUUCAAAAAGCUAGAGAUCAAUAUGCCUUUCUUUGAAGCACUCGAGCAAAUGCCCAUGUACCAAAAAUUCAUGAAAGAGGUAAUCGCUAAAAAGAGACCAAUAGGAGAUGGGUCGGUAACCUUUAAUGAAAAAUGUAGUGCAAUAUCACCAGUCUACCAAAGGCUUGAUACUGGAAAUGUCAGUGAUACAAGGACAAAUCUGAAAUUUGCAGAUCACUCCAUAAAGAAUGCAUAUGAUAUAGCGGAAGAUGUACUGGUGACAAUAGAGAAAUUUAGUUUUCCUGUUGAUUUUGUGAUCAUAGACAUACCUGAGGAUGAAGAGACACAUAUCAUUCUUGGUCGACCAUUCAUGCGGACAAGUCAAUGCAAUUUCGACAUAGACCAUAGUACACUGACUUUAAAAGUUUAUGAUCAUGAAAUAACCUUGAAUGUUCUUGAAACAGGAAGUUAG